UAAUGUUCAUGCCACACGUGAAACACAAGGGAAACGGUAAAUACCGGUAUUUUAAAGUUGAUCCGCAGAAUAGACAACUCCAUACGCUUUGUUUACGUUUAGCGGCAGCUAAAUUAGUUUUGGGGAACCGAGCAAAUCGGUUUACAUCUUAAAAAUCAGUGAUGGCGAGUUUGAUGCAGAAACCGAAGAGUGAGAUGACUCCAGAGGAGUUGUCCCAGCGUGAGCAGGAGGAGUUCAACACCGGUCCCCUCUCAGUGCUCACACAGUCUGUGAAAAACAACACACAAGUUCUUAUUAACUGUCGCAACAACAAGAAGCUCCUUGGCCGCGUGAAGGCUUUUGACAGGCACUGCAACAUGGUUCUGGAAAAUGUGAAAGAGAUGUGGACAGAAGUUCCAAAGACGGGAAAAGGCAAGAAAAAGUCCAAGCCAGUCAAUAAGGACAGAUUCAUCUCAAAAAUGUUCCUUCGUGGUGAUUCAGUCAUUAUUGUACUGAGAAAUCCACUUGCAACUGCAAAAUGAACAAAAAUAGUAACUCACCCCUGUGAAAAAAUGUGAACCAUAACAUUUGAUUUCACUUGAUUUAGAGAACAAACAUAAGCUCUGGCUUCAAAGAAAAGUAAUUGAAAAUAACAUGUUAAAAAUUCAAACUCUUUCUGUGUUUAAUCAUGAUAAACGUUUGAAAUUUGAGAUAGCUAUGUUUGUUAGCAUAUUUCAUUCUGAUCAUUCAUCCUGCUAAUAUUAUGUCAUAAUGUGACAAAAUGUUUUGUAAAUAAAUGUGGUUUUUA